UAUUAGGACAAAUAUCGAGUUCGAAAAUUCUCGGAUGCUUAUUGGAUGGAAAGAAAGUGCGCGAAAAUGUACAUCCGGUACCUAGUCCAACCCGAACAGCCCGAACUUGAUCUGCACCAUGGAAUCUGUCAGGGAUACAUGUUUACGAACAGCAGAAGAUGUCUUGGAUACGUUGCAACUGGCUAACAUCGAUGAGGCAGAUUUAAAUGGCAUAACACAAAUUUUACAAUUUACUCCAAAUAGUAAUAAGAAUUCUGAUAUUAAAUUAUUGGAAUUGGAUACUCAUUUAUUGAAUGUACUUAAUGAAGGAGACUGCUUAUCAUUUUGUGGUGAAAAGCAUGAACCUGCAGUACUGUGCACCAAAGACAGAACAUAUGAUAUAAAGGAAGCAGAAACAUCAAAUUCCUGGAUGUUGGUACCAAACUUUAAAUUUGCAGAAGAAACACAAAGCAAUGAGAGAAUUAUAGAGAGACGAGAUGUAAAAGGAAUCUACCAUACAUAUUUUGAAGUUCACAAUUGCAAACCUAAAUUGAGCAAGCUACUAGUGGUACUUGAACCUUCAUCAUUCAAAGGAAUGGAGUAUGAGCAAAAUCUGGAUCGAGGCACUUUGUAUGAUUGGCAUAGACUUAAGAGUGAAAUACAAGCCAGUGAAGAGGAGCUAAAAAGGGCACUGACUGAUUAUAUGAUCAUUAAUAUCGACGGCUAUUUCCGUCUAAUAUCUUUCGAAUAUGAAGCCAGAGCCCUUACACUAAUGUUGGAUCUCAUAGAUGAAAAUUCUUGGGAACUCGAUGACAUUGACAAGGAUGUUACAUAUGAAUCUUUAAAAGAACUUAUUCCUUGGCCUGUUUUCGAAGGAUUAUUUAAUGCCUAUACAGAAGUCAGUGAAAAAACUAAAAGCGACGGGACAUCCUUGUACAGAUACAAUGAAGAGAAAACAUGCAAGUUUCUCGCCAAAGUAUUAUUGGCUGCUUGUCCAAAAAAUGAUUACAAAGAAUUUAUGGAGGCAUGGCGUAUAGGAACACCUGAAAAUAUGGAACCAAAGGAGUCAUAUCUCAGCGGAGUAGCGCUGAUUAUAUAUAACAGUUCAAAAACAAGGAAAGAGGUGAUAUCAUUCCCCUCCGUAAAUCUAUCAGAUAACAUAAACACAAGAUUUAGCGAGCUCUUUAAAGUAAAAGACAAGUGGACUAUCGAUGAAAUAACACCUUACGUAUCAGGUCUAACAACAGACAAAUUAAAUGUUAAUGCUCUUUUAACCAAAUACACGAGGUGUUCAAAAGUUAAUGGAAUUAAAUAUUAUAGUACGAAACAUGGUAAAUAAAAA